AAUUAGGUCGGCAAUAGCACACUUGAAGAAAACGUCUCUGAUUGGUCAUAAAUAAUUCAAUAAAGAACACAGUGACAUUAACACUGGAUGUACAGAAAGUGAAGCAAAUCAUAUACACUGGAUUUUGAUAUUAACCUGUUAUCGCAAUGAAAGGAUUCUUGCGUUCCUCAAUCUAAUGGCCAAUAUAUCAUCAGUUUCAACGAGGAAAUCCACAGCUUUAACUCACAGGGACGACUUCCGAUCACUUCCUCAACCUCUUCUGCAGAAUAUUCAGUGGGCGAUAGAAUCUAUUUCCUUCGUUUCGGAGCUCAGUACAGUAGGAAAACACCAUUGUCAUCUAGCUAACGGAAGUUUCUGGGGCAUUUGGGCGAGUGCAGAUCAUGGCCUCAUUCAUGACAGACUCGACUGACCAACAGAGUACAAUGCAGUCUACGCCUAACAGUCGCGUUCGUUGCAGUAGAACACUACCAUUAUGCCGUCACUCUACCAGCGAUGAUUCAAAGCGGUUAGCAACUUUCGGUGCCCUAUGCAGCCGUGCUGAUAUAGAAGGGAUUUCUCCUAUUCGUCUUGCAGGAAGUGGGUGCGUUUACAAUGCGGAGGAGGAAUACAUGGAAUGCAUUUUCUGUGGGAAAAUCAUCAUGGUAGAAAACAAGACUGCAAUGCAAACCUUGUAUGACUUGAAGCAUUACCAUCAUUCUAGCUGCGAUGGUAUGGAAAUGUACAUCUUGAAACAAGAACGUGCAAUACGCCAGGGUAUUGUCAAUCUUGAUAUUUUAAAAAGACUGCGACAUCAACGCUCGUUGUCUUAUGGUGCCCCAAUGUAUGGUGAGCUUCUCCAGGAGUAUGGCGUCACUCCAAGAAGCCGCGAUUUUGAAGUUGUGGAUAUUUGCUAUGAUCCUUAAAGGUUUGCUAUGUCUAAGGAUCAGAAGGAAGGCCCUCAUAUUAAAAAAAACCCAGCUCGGACAAGAUACACAUUCUUAUUGAAAGAAUUGUAAAGUAUGCGGUAUGCAUACAUGUAUAUAAAACUGUAAAUAAAACUUUGAUAUUAGCAUGCUCUGUUAUUUGAUGUUAAUCAAUGUUAUAUAUUUUAUAUUGUAUAUGUAUCAGUAUAUUGUAAUUCAUUACGUUGAUGUAUGUCUGUUGUUUGGUCAUGUAAACUCUAUGAGAAGGCUCCGAUAGCAGGCAUGGAUAACCGGAGUGAUAGAAGAAAAAAUCACAAAAUUUUCACAGAGAGCAGAGUAUCUUCUAAGCGUUUGUAAAUUGAGAAAUUGUGUCACAUCUGAUUUUAUGAACGUCAUGCAUAUGAUCAUUAUUACAAAUGUAUUACACAGAAUUCAUUUAGGAUCCAUUCGAAGUGAUUUCAUUUUUGAAAUGAUAUUAGAUUCUGUUUUCUAUAAUGCUUUGAUAUAACGACGGUUACUGCUGUUUUAUGUAGCCCUCAACGAUUUUAUUGACCGCAGCUUUCAUUUCUUAUUUGGGUCUUAUUAGAUAACCAUACUUUACAAUAAGUACUUGUAGCACAGGAGCGAAUACUUACUUGACUAGCAAUAACAUGGACUGUGUGUAGAGUUAAUUUGAAAUUUAAAUGAACUACAUAUAAUAGUCGUGAUUAUGUUUGUGUAUGUGUCUGUUCUCGGGGUGUGGAUUACCGUGCAUUUUACGUAAAGAAUGAAAAUAAUUAAUUGAAUACGCCUUACAUUGUCAAAUUUAGUUUCGUAUCGGAUCUGUCAAUUUACCUUCCCGCCGUUUUGUAAAAAUUGUGAUUUUAUUAAAAAUUGAAUAUUAAUCUUAAUAUGGUAAAUCUCUGGUCAAUUUCAUACUUUAAACAAUAUAGUGAUAGAGUCAGAAGGGGUCCUAGUUCAUGAAAUGAAAUAAUGUAAUGAAUUACACUAGAACAUGGGAACAUCCUGUAGGAUUGGACCCACUUAACCCCAGCUGGACCCGUCCGUGUGUUAUCAACGAAUAUUUUUACUUACUUCUAGAAUGAUAUAGAAUGCGCAUUAUUAGAUUUAUAAAGUAGACGGGAAACAAAGCCAGAAAUAAAAAGAAAGUAAGUAAAAGGAAGCGGUAAUGAAAUAAAACCAGACUGCAAGAAGAAACAACAAUGUUUCACGUUAAUACAAUGGGUAUUGUUCUAUUCAUUGUACUUCUUAAAUGUGUUUAUAUAGGUCAUCUAUCUUAACAGUCAAGGGUAAAGUGAAUGCAGCAGUAUCAGAGGCAAUAGUAGAAACCAUUGUAACAAAUAAAAACAAAAUGCUUCAUGUCACUGUGAUUCUCUGUGGUAACAAAAUUGUCAUGUAAUAUCUAAGUGUGUUUCUGUGUUGUAUUAGUAUCUAAGUGUGUUACUCUAUUGUAGUGGUAUUUAAGUGUUUGUAUAGAUUUCAUGUAGAAUUUGAAUAAAUUUUUCUCAGUAUACAUAA